UCCCCCGAGCGCCGCGUGAGGUGUGGGCGGGGCCGGCCGCGGAGCUGGUGGCUGGCUCUGUAACCUGAUCUUCGGUGUAGAGGCAGACUAGGAGCGUGGCAGUGAAAGGGUGGCAGCUGACAGACAUGAAGUUACUUGCCUAGACACACACCGCUUCAUUCUAUGCAAGAGGUGCAGAAAAUGAUCAACUCCCAGGAAUCAGUGGCGUUCCAGGAUGUGGCAGUGGCCUUCACCCCAGAGGAGUGGCAGCUGCUUGACUGUGACCAGAGGACCUUGUAUUGGGAUGUGAUGCUGGAAAACUUCAGAAACCUCAUCUCAGUGGGGGCCCCAGUUACUAAAACAGAAGUGAUCUUGAAGGUGGAGCAAGGACAAGAGCCAUGGACGGUGCAGGGAGAGAACGCAUGUUGGAGCUAUCCAGAAGCUGACUGUCCACAUAUUGAUGAAUCAGAGCAGCACCAGGAAAACAAAGGCAAUUUUUUAAAAUCAGUUUUGUUCACAUUCAGUAAAAUUCUGACUAUGGAGCAACUCCAUGGUUAUAAUAUGAACACAAUUCUUAAUCCUGCAAGAAAAAAAUCAUGUAUAUAUAAGUCAUAUGGGAAGACUUUGCAACCUACUUUAGAUGUACUUAAUUAUGAUAGAGAUUUAACUGGGGGAAAUGCUUAUAAAUGCAAUGAAUGUGGGAAAGCCUUCAAAAAGAAGUUUCAUUUCAUUAGGCAUGAAAAAAAUCAUACGAGAAAAAAACCCUUUGAAUGCAAUGACUGUGGGAAAGCCUACAGCAGAAGGGUACACCUUGAAACUCAUCAGAAAAUUCAUAAUGGCCGGAGACCCUUUGUGUGCAACGAAUGUGGGAAAGAUUUUAUGCAUAAAGCACAACUCAUGGUCCACCAGAGACUUCACACUGGAGAGAAACCUUAUGAAUGCAGUGAGUGCGGGAGGUCAUUCACUUGGCACUCCUCCUUCUCGCAACAUGUGAAAUCUCAUACACUUGAGAACUCAUUUAAAUGUAAGGAAUGUGGGAAAACCUUCAGGUACAGUUCAUCGCUUUAUAAACAUUCUAGAUUUCAUACAGGAGAGAAACCCUACCAAUGUAUUGUGUGUGGCAAAGCCUUUGGCAACACAUCUGUGCUUGUUACACAUCAAAGAAUUCAUACAGGAGAGAAGCCUCAUGGAUGUAUGGAAUGUGGCAAAGCCUUCAUCAAGAAGUCUCAUCUCCUCAGACAUCAGAUAACUCAUACAGGAGAAAAGCCCUAUGAAUGUAACAAAUGUGGUAAAGGAUUUUCCCAAAAGUCAAACCUUCUUGUACAUCAGAAAAUUCAUAUAUAAUAUUCACUUUAUGAGAAAGCCUUAAAUAUUAGAGAAAUCUUAUUAAAUAGCAGAUAACUCACAGUGGGGAAAAAUCCAACAGUUUAGAUGAAUUUGGAAGAGUAGAUGCUUAUAAAAUAAAAUGCCAGUCAUUCUGGAAAUGGUAACCAAGUUUUCACAGGAAAGAUCACAGAAAACAUUGAAUUAUAAGUAAUAAGUCCUUGGAAAGUAAACAAAUUAAAUCAAGCAAGCAAAACUAUACCAAGCCUGAUUUUUUAAAUUUAUAUAAUAAAUUAUACAAUUAUGCAAGUGUGUGUUUCAUCUAUACAUUAAAUUGUAUACAUUAAAGUACAUCUAAUAGAUUUCUGAAAUAAAUAUCACCAUUUUUUCUACCCAUCCUAGCAAUGUGCAAUGAGUAAAUCUGGUUUAAUAUAUAGUGUGCAUUUAAAUAUUAUAAUAAUUUGCUGGCACUUUUAAUGGGCAUGGCAGUCUCCUCUUUAAUGAUAAAAUGCUAAUAAAGAUAUUUUCCUGGGCCUCCCCAGUGGCGCAGCGGUUGAGCGCUGGGCUGCGAAGCUGAUGGCAGCCUCUGCUGUGCCGGUUCGAUCCCCAGCCGCCGGUGAGGGUCCCACAUGGCGCCCAGACCUCUCCUGUCACGCCCUCUGCUCCCCUCAGCAGUGUAUUUCAUCAGUCUGCCUGCUCUGUUCCCUGCUCUGUCUCUGGUGAAUCCUCUCACCCUCCCGCGCUUCUGACUGUACCCAGUGCUUGUAUAAAUAAAUAAAUA